AUGGGUGACGUUUUCCACACGAGCGACCUCUGCGAGGCGCUGGAACCGGAAGUCGAGGAAGGCAACCACGAGUACAAGCGGCACCUCGUCUCCCCCAGCGCCGCGCGUUUCCAAGAGCUCGUCACCCAGCUGCAAUAUCGCCUGCACGAGGGCGCGAACGAGGCGCUCUACGAGCUCGGGGUCGAAGACGACGGGGAAAUAGUAGGACUAGACGAAGACGAUCUCGAGGAGUCGUGCAAGACGCUCGCGCGAAUGGCAGACGCGCUCGACGCGGACACGACGCUCGUCGCGGAACGGCUCGUGAAGGACGGGAAACGAGCGCGGACGAUGCUGUGCAGGAAGAGGUUGGACAACACCUCGCACAAAGAGGUUCGCAUAACGACCGUCGGGAACGUGGAUAGCGGGAAGUCGACGAUAUUAGGCGUCCUGACCAAAGGAGGACUGGACAACGGCCGCGGCCUCGCGCGAAGCUCCGUGUUCAAGUUCAAGCACGAGGUCGAGAGCGGGAGGUCCUCCGCGGUGAGCCAACAAGUCCUCGGGUUCGCAACGGACGGUUCGAUAACGAAUUACGCGUCCGCGGACGUGCGAGAGACGCACAGCCUUCGAUGGUCGGAGAUCGUGACGAAGUCGAGCAAGGUGAUUCACUUCAGCGACCUGUGCGGGCACGAGAAAUAUUUGAAGACGACGAUGCACGGGAUGACCGCGUCGCUUCCCGACUUUGCGAUGCUCGUCGUCGACAGCAACCGCGGUGGCGUCGUCGGGAUGACAAAGGAACACCUCUCCAUCAUGCUCGGAUUGAAAGUCCCGUUCUUCGUCGUCCUCACGAAGGUCGACUUCGCGUCCAAGGAGAACCGCGACGCGACGUUCGAAGCGGUGAUGCAAAUGCUGAAGCGCCCGGGGGUGCACAAGAUGCCGAUCGUGAUUAAGAACGAGCAAGACGUCCUGAGCUGCUGCAAGACGAUCGCGGAGGGAACGAUCACGCCGGUGUUCCACACGUCGUGCGUCACUGGCGAGGGCAUGGACCUCAUCAGGUUGUUCUUGAACCACGUCCCGACACGACGCGUCUUCGACGUCAGCGAGGAAAGUCACGGGAUGGUGCACCUGGACGAUUCGUUCACGGUGCAAGGCAUCGGCACUGUCGUCAGCGGCGUCGUCUUGAGCGGUCGCAUCGCGAACCAACAGCAGAUGUUGCUCGGUCCCGACGGCAACGGCGCGUUCGUGUCGGUCACGGUGAAGGGCAUUCAGAACAAGCGCGUGCCCGUCGAUAACGUCCAUGGAGGUCAGACCGCGUCGUUCGCGAUCAAGGCGAAGAAGGGUCACGUCACAAAGCAGGACAUCAGGAAAGGUAUGGUGCUCGUGGAUCCGAAUCGGAAUCCGCGAGCGACGUGGCGUUUCACCGCGGAGGUUUUGAUAUUGGUCCACCCGACGACGUUGAAGGUCGGGUACUCGCCCGUGCUUCACUGCGUCACGGUGCGACAGGCGGCGAGCAUAUGUGAAAUCGCGGGUGGGGAUAAGGAGGUUCUCCGUACGGGCGACCGCGCGUUGGUCACGUUCGAGUGGUGCCACCGACCGGAAUUUCUUGAAUGCGGGGCGCGAAUAAUCUUCCGCGAAGGUCGAACAAAAGGAAUCGGGGUCAUUCGCGAAAUCAUGUCGGAGGUGCCGAGAACGGAAUUUCUCAACUACAAGAAUCGCCAGACGGCGCUGAAGCACCUAAACAUAGCACAAAAUCUAGCUUCGGCGGCUUCGGCGUGA